UUUCCGGACGGACGGUGUGCUGUUUGUCCUAGCCGCGCACUGUAGGUUACACAGAAUCAAGAUGGCGGCCACCUUGACUAGAGGACUGUCAGGUAUAGUGAGACCUCUGACGGUUCUCGGACAGUCCUGCUUUAAGCACGCAGUCAGAGCUCCUCUGUGUCUUCCUCGCUUCUCCACUCUUACUCAGCCGCAGUUUGGGUUUAAACCGCUGUCUCCUCUUAAUUCCUCUGGUCUUCAACAGCAGACUCUACUUCAACGAGUGUCUCCUCUCAUCCCAUCACUGACGCAGCAGCCCUGCAGAACCCUAACAUAUUUCAGUGUGAAGAAGGGCAAGAGGAAGACAGUGAGAGCUGUGGUGCAGAGGUUUCUGAGGCUGCACUGUGGCCUGUGGGUGAGGAGGAAGGCUGGAUACAAGAAGAAGCUUUGGAAAAAAUCAGCAGCCAGAAAGAAGCGUUUAAGAGAGCAUGUAUUCUGUAAUAAGACUCAAUGCAAAAAACUAGACAAAAUGACAACAUCCUUUUGGAAACGAAGAAACUGGUACCUCAAUGAUCCUUAUCAGAAUUACCAUGACCGGGUUAACCUGUAACCUGUUAGGUUAGAAUGUACUGUUCUGUGAAGAAAACCUUUGUUUGUAUAGUGUAAAUGUCAUUUUGUUACAGCGCAGAACCACAACAGAGAAUACAGAACACGCUUAACAUAACUGUAAUAAAACCCAGUGUUUAUGGAUCAUUCUGGUCAGUGUAAAAAGCUUAUGAUUAUUGAAAUAAACUUGUUUAAAAAGUG